ACCCGACCUUCUUCAGGGUCGUUCGAGCGUGCGACAUCAUGCAUCAUGUCGAUCUUUCCGUUUUGCAUGCUUAUACAAGGCUUGCGUAACCUUCCUCAGAGCGAUGCUAUAAUGCUACUUAGACUCUAUAAUCCAUCAGCCAUCCGUCGGCGAUGUCUGGCAGGGUCGCUAACGUCCCAGCAAUUGGGCAUCGGUCGCCGGCGAUAUGCUUCGACUGAGAUCGUAGAUGCGGUCGAUAUCGGGGAGAAGAAUGAGAUACAACGCAGACAAGGGGUCUUCUUCAUCAGCAACGUACUGCCUAUUCGACUAGGACGUUUCGAUUUCCGGUCGAUCCUCUCUUCUUUGCGGGAAGAUCAACUGCUCGAACAACUUGAAACGAUCGCCGACGAAAUUAAGGUCCAUGACUGGAAGCUAGAAAACCUAGAGAUAUCGUGGGUCUCCUAUCGUGGUCUGGUGAGCUCAUCACUAAUCCAUCCGUUGCUUCUUCCUUGCAGGCGGAAAGAUGGCGGCGUCUUUCUCAACUAUUCUUACCUCCCACCUGACGAUCAAGGCUCGACUUUCUCUGCCCCACGCACCUUCUUACCUUUGCUCUCUUCCGCUGCUCAUCGACUGGGCGGUUUCCCAAACUGGCUAGGCAACUGGUACGCCUCGACCUUUUUGCCUGGUCCACCUCAGCUGGCCGCUUCCGCCAUCGAGGAGAUCGAGAAGGAGGGGACUGAAGAGGAAGCAAGUGCGGAGGAAGAUAAAGCGAACGGACGUCGAACGUCGAGUCGAGUGCAGGCCUCCGAAGUGACGCGGUUCGAGAAGGGAACAAAAACCUUCGGACUAGGAGACGGCAGGUGCUGGGCAGUGAGAGGGAAGCAAUGGACCGAGGACCUUGAUCGAUAUUCCUCGUCACGCUUGCGGGUGGAAUUCGAUGGACCGGACGUAUCGCAGGAGGUGCUCUACGAGCUGUUCAGGCCGUACGGACGAGUCAGCAACAUCGUUCCUCCCUCGCCUGUGCCUGCCGGAAGCCUAAGAUUCGCUCAGAUCGCGUAUACCCGCCUGACGCCUUCCACCAUCGCUAUUAACGUGCUGCACGGCCUGUCAACACCUACCAAUACUCGUGAUUUCACCUUGGUUCUGGAUGCGAAGACUAAAGGUUCGACGGGAUCGGCACCUCCUACAAUACCCCGAACACGGCUCCGGCUUUUCUAUGAACGGCCAUUGAAAGCGCACGCCUUCCGAGAUUGGUUGACAUCCCAUCCGCGAUUAACGAUCCCGGCCAUAGCAUUCCUCAUCGGUACCCUGUCCUAUACGUUCUUCGAUCCGAUCCGAAGCUUCUUCGUUCAAGCUCAUGUGCAAGGAUACUUCGAGCUCGAGGGCUACUCGUUCGUCAAAUGGAUUCGGUCAAAGUUCGUUCUCCCUUCAGGGUUCUCAUUCGGAGCAUCUUCUCCCGAUGCGGGAGCGUCGAAUGAUGGAGUUGGAAGGGGAGCUUGGCAAGAUAGGAUUGCGGCGGAGAAGCAGGUGUUGAGUUGGAUUAGCGAGAGUCCCGGGACUUUCAUUGCGGUUACUGGUCCUCCUGGUAGUGGAAAGGCCAGUCUGGUGAAUCGAGUGAUUCAGGACAAGGAAAAGAAAGCAUUGUUUAUCGAUUGCUCCAAAAUCGCAAAAGCCAAGACGGACGCAGCUGUUAUCAACGAGCUAUCUGAUCAGACAGGCUAUUGGCCCGUUUUCUCGUUCAUGAACAACAUCAGUGGCCUGAUCGACCUUGCCGCUGUGGGUCUCAUCGGCCAGAAGGCUGGAUUCGCCACGCCUUUGGACCAGCAGAUCAAGCAAGUUCUCGAGGUCGUCGGUUCAGCUCUGAAGGAGACGUCGGAAAGUCGCCGGGAAGCGCAGAAAGACGCCAUUAUCAAGGAAGAAGAAGCUCGAGAGGAAGCAAUGGCCAAGGUCGACCGGGCAGAGCGGAUCAAACGGGGUAUCUGGCACGAUGGCCGGUUGGACUGUGUUGCCGGAAACGGAGUCAUGUCCGAACUCGGACUGGGUGAAGAAGAGCUUACCGAAAACGACACUGUGAUGUCGAUUGCCCAAGUCGAAACCCCAUCGUCAAAUGCAUCGACCGACCCAUUGCUGGUGGACCCGCUCGCGAUCAAGUCGGCUAUCGUUCAGAAGCAGGCCUCUGAGGUGGACGCGGAGCGCGACUACACCGAAUCGCUGCCCAUCUUGGUUUUGGACAACUUCACCCAGAAAACAAACACGAAACCCGAAAUCUGGAACGUGCUCGCUGAAUGGGCUGCUGGGCUUGUCGAAAACAAGAUCGCGCACGUUAUUGUGGUAUGCGACUCUUCUAGUGCAUCGAAAGCGCUCACGAAGGCCCUUCCGACAAAGCCUCUCAACACCAUCAGUUUAGCGGAUGCUGACCGGGAGAACAGUAUGGCUUACGUGGUCAGUAAGCUGGGAUCGACCGGGUCAAGCUUGAGUCCAGAAGAGACCGAGCAGAUCGAGAAGAUCGGUGGACGGAUGAUCGACCUUGAGCUGCUGGUUUACAAGGUUCGCUCCGGUCUGGCUGUCAAAGAGGCCGUUGAUGACAUUAUCACCAGAAGUGUUAUCGAACUAAGGAAGUCUGCUUUCGGCGACGACUCGGAUGAUGCCAAGAGUUUGCCUUGGACACGCCCGCAGGCGUGGAAAGUGGUCAACGACUUGGCUGCGAAUCAUGAGAUUCCGUACACCUCGCUCUUGCAAGACUUUCCCUUCAAGGGUAAUGAAGCAGCGUUGAGGGCUAUGGAGGAUCACGAUAUGAUUGCGGUGUCUUACAUUGAUGGUCGGCCAUCCAUGGUUAGGCCUGGGAAACCGCUGUACAGACACGUUUUCGAGAGAUUAGCGAAUGAUACGGUCUUUUCUGCCUCGACACAAAUCGAGUACAAUCUGAGCCUGAUUGCGGCAGCCGACUCGACCAUCAAGUCGUGCGAGGAUGAACUCCUUCGACUGAAAGAGAUCGGUCAACCUCGGGGCAGUAGCAGCCUUACUGCAAGGAUGAACACGUUGACUGGCAAAUUGAGCGCGACAGAGCUACGACAAGAGUAUCUGCUCGAGAAGAUGGACAAGGCGGUGCGCACGCUGACCAAGUUGGAGAAGGAGAACACACAAUGCAAGACCAAGUUGGCCACGGGAAAGUAA